AGGCAGCGAAAGAGUGGGAGAGGGAGGUGGUGUAUUAGCUAUCCGAAGGGAGGAGUCACGCGAAGGAGAGAGCAGCUGGAGUUCCAGACUUUAGCUCCUCGGCUCGAGAAAAGUACACUUAACGCCGCUACGAUAGUCUUUGUCGAGGCAAACACUUUAGGCGUUCUUAUUUUUCCACAAUUAGGCUACAUCCCGAAGCCAGCAGGUAUGUAGAUAUAGCAAAGAUGUUACUUUAAACUUAGUUGCGUCCAGCCAAGUGUAAAGAAAACGGAGGAAGGGCGCAGAAGGCAAAACUCUGGCACGGCGACUCUGGAGUUUCAACUCAAGGCACAACUUCUGAGCGCCAGACGCACAUCUGCAACAAGCGAGAAAAUACUUCACUUUCGAGUAGAAGAGGAAAGAAAAACUUCACAACUGGAGGGAAAGACACCUUCGCACACGUGUCCCGUCUUGAUGUGGUGCUGAGGAAUGCACAGUUGCCAUGGAAACCCAGUCCCAGGCCAGUUCUGCAGCUGAGAAGAAGAAGAGGGUGGAGACCAUUGUGGCCACCAAGGGCGCGUCCUCACGCAGCGACAUCAGUGAGAAGGCCGUCGCCUCCAGCACCACCUCCAACGAAGAUGAGAGCUCUGGGCCCACGUAUCACCACCGCGAGCGGCGCAACGCCAUCAGCACCCAGAGUCCCGUGGCCGGCACAGCGCCGGGCAAGCUGAGCGAGGAGCCGUCCACCUCCACGGAGGACCGCCCCCAGCAUGUCAAGAAGGAGCUGUCCAGCUCGCUGCCCCACCUGCAUGACCACCCCCUGCCUUACCGUGGGACGCUCUUUGCCAUGGACCCCCGCAAUGGUUACCUGGACUCCCCCUACACCCCACCUCACUUUUUCCCAGCCUUCCAUCCUCCAGUGCCCAUCGAUGACAGGCACACUCAAGGCCGCUAUAUCUACGAGCCCUCUCCUGUUCCCCCUCUACACGUGCCUCCCGUCCUGGCGGGCAGCCCGGCGUUCUCGGACAUCUCCCUCAUCCGCAUCUCGCCCCACCGGAACCCGUCAGUGGGGGCCGACUCCCCUUUCAACCCGCCCCAUCCCUACAUCAACCCCUACAUGGAGUACAUCCGCUCACUGCCCGGCAGCCCCUCACUCUCCAUGAUCUCCGCCGCAAGGGGCCUCAGCCCCGCAGAUGCCCCCCACACGGGCCUGACCACAGCGGAGUACUACCACCAGAUGGCACUACUUGCGGGACACCGUAGCCCGUAUGCUGACAUCAUCCCGUCUGUGGCCUCCACUGCUGGAGCAGGAAGCAAUGCGCUGCACAUGGACUACCUGCAGGCUGUUGAGAGCUCUCGUUUCUCCAGUCCGCGGGUUCCACAGAGGCCCAGGAAGCGGGCCCUGCCCAUCUCCCCGCUCUCUGACCCCAGCUUCGACCUGCAAACCAUGAUCCGCACCUCCCCCAACUCCCUGGUCACCAUCCUCAACAACUCCCGCUCCAGCUCGUCCACCAGCGGCUCUUAUGGACACCUCUCUGCUGGAGCCAUCAGCCCUGCCCUGAGUUUCGCCUACCCACCCACCCCGGUGGCGCUGCAGAUGCACCAGCAGCUGAUUGGCCGGCAGCCAGGCCUUGUGAGCUCGGCGUUCGGGCACAGCCCACCCCUCAUCCACCACUCUCCAGCCUUCGCCACCCAGCGCCCGGUGCCUGGCAUCCCCUCCGCCGGCUUGGCACCCACCGAAAGAUCCGUGGUCUCCAGCGAAGCCCAGAGUAAGCCCACCAGUGAGUCUGCCGUGAGCAGCACAGGAGACCCCAUGCACCACAAGCGCUCCAAACUCAAGCCCGAUGAGGACCCAGCCAGCCCAGGAGCGGGCAGCGUCCAGGACCAGCCGGAUGGAAUGACCCUGGUGAAGGAGGAGGGGGACAAGGACGAGGGCAAGCAGGAGCCGGAGGUGGUGUACGAGACCAACUGCCACUGGGAGAGCUGCUGCCGCGAGUUCGACACCCAGGAGCAGCUGGUGCACCAUAUUAAUAAUGACCACAUCCACGGGGAGAAGAAGGAGUUUGUGUGCCGCUGGGCGGAGUGUUCCCGGGAGCAGAAGCCCUUUAAAGCCCAGUACAUGCUGGUGGUCCACAUGAGACGGCACACUGGAGAGAAGCCUCACAAGUGCACCUUUGAGGGCUGCGCUAAAGCCUACUCCCGCUUGGAAAACCUAAAGACACACCUGCGUUCACACACUGGAGAGAAGCCAUACGUGUGUGAGCACGAGGGCUGCAACAAAGCUUUCUCCAAUGCCUCCGAUCGUGCUAAACACCAGAACCGCACACACUCCAAUGAGAAACCGUACGUGUGUAAGAUCCCUGGCUGCACUAAGCGCUACACGGACCCCAGCUCGCUACGGAAGCACGUGAAAACCGUGCACGGUCCCGAGGCCCACGUCACCAAGAAGCAGCGCAGCGACGCCUACCCCCGUCCCCCACCUCAGCCCCGGGAGCCCGGCAGCAACGGCCAGGGCAGGUCGCCAGGGCAACCGCCCCUGGGCGGGUUUGCAGACCAAAGGGACUACAACCAUGCUACCUCGAAACAGGACGAAUGUCUGCAGGUCAAGUCCAUCAAGUCAGAGAAGCCCAUGACGUCUCAGUCAAGCCCUGGCGGUCAGUCUGCAUGCAGCGGUGAGCAGUCCCCCGGCAGCGGCCCUCCCGGCCGUGGAGUCCAGCUUGCUGUGAGCGCCGUGCGGCUGCAGGGGGUGGGGGAGCACGGCCGGGGGGGCGAGGAGUAUGAGGACGAGGAGGAGGACGAUGAGGGGGAGCUGGAGGAAGAGGACGAGGAGGACGACAUGGACCGGAACCGGGCCCCCAUCAUGGACGCCACGGUGUCCACGGCGACGCUGGCACUGCAGGCCCGGCGCAGCGUGGGCCGGCCACUCCGCUGGAUGGAGCAGGUGAAGAUGGAACGGCUCCGGCAGGUGAACGCCGCCCCGGCAGGCCUGCCACACCUGUCCCCCACACCCCCAGCCAAAGGCCAUGGCCUGCCCACCAUCCUGGGGAAGGUUUCGUGCCAGGGCCACAGUGAUUGCAGGUUGGUCCCUCCGCCUCAGGCUCCCCCCGCCACCCGUCCGGAGCCCUGCGGGACAGAGCUGACCGUACUGAGUCUGCUGGGCGGGGGCCGGCGGGACAGCAGCGGGAGCGCGGCCAGCUCGGCCUACCUGAGCUGCAGCCGGCGCUCCUCGGGCAUCUCGCCCUGCUUCUCCAGCCGCCGCUCCAGCCAGGCCUCGCAGCCGGAGGUCGGCGGAGGCCAGCGCCGCCGGCACAACCUCAGCUCCACCGACUCCUACGACCCCAUCUCCACUGACGCCUCGCGGCGCUCCAGCGAAGCCAGCCACCACGGCGGGGGAAGCAGCAUGGGAGGAGUAGCUCUGUCUGGGCUCGGAUGGAGUUUCGGAGGAGGAGGUGGUGGAGGAGGUGGAGGAGGAGGGGGUGUCGGAGGUCACACAUGCUCAGGAGGAGGUGAUGGGUCCAGAGGAGGAGGCAUUCUGAACCUCACGCCGGCGCAGCAGUACCACCUGAAGGCGAAGUACGCCGCCGCUACCGGCGGACCCCCACCUACGCCACUGCCCAACAUGGAGCCCAUGAGCCUGCGCUCCCGCAUGGCGCUGAUGGGAGACGCCCAGGACGGGAGCAACCCUCCACUGCCUCCGCUGGUCAGACCGCGCCGCUGCAGUGACGGAAGCACCAACGGCUACGCCGCGCACAACGGCUACCGCCACCGUGGGCUCUACCCAGGAGAAGGAAUGGCGGGCGUCAACAGACGGGCCAGCGACCCCGUUCGGACCGUGCACGUCCAGGACCCCUCCAGUCUGCCGCAGAUGCAGCGCUUCAUCAGCUUGAACAACAUGCACUCCCACUCCUUACCACCCCUCUCCAACCAGCACAGCCACCAGGGAGAGGCCCGGCACGUCAGCCUGCACCACCACACUCGCUCAGAGGGGAACCUGCAGCGCAGCCUGCACUCCCCGUGUCCACCCAGGAUAGAGGAACACUCGGCGCUGGAGGACCUGGCCAUGGAGGAUGACGGAGGCUUGCUGCUGGGGUACGAAGAUAUGCUGCCCGAUGACCUGGUGCAGUACAUCCGCUCCCAGGAGCAAGAGGCUUUGUACAGGCAGUCGCAGCACAACAACAACGGGGACCUUCACCAUCCACAUAACGGCAACGGAGGUGACGUCGACCUUUUCCAGGUGAACUCACCUGGUCAGCAGCAGCAGAAUGCAGAAGGAGAGGGAAUCGGCUGUGAGGAGCAGCCCAUCCAGUGGAACGAGGUGAGCUCAGGGAGCGCACACCUGUCACCCGCCAGGCAGCAGCAGCAGCAGCAGCAGUCUCAGCAGCCCUGCGGAAGGUGGCCGGAGCGUGGCGUCAUCGGCAGGAGUCCGUUCGGACAGUUUGGCAACAUGGUGGUGCAGCAGCAGCAGCAACAGCCGUCUCAGCUCCCAGGGGAUCUCUUCAGCCAGCCCAGAGGGGCUCCGGCAUCGUUGGCGAAUCCCAGCGGCGGCUCCAGGUUCCCAGAUUGCAGUGUGAGUGCCUCCCGCAGGACCUCUGCGUCCAGGUUCCCUCAGCUCCAGUCAUGCCAGCUGAACGCUGGCGUGAAGUCGGAGUCCUCAAACACGUCCUGUCUGGAGAGCAGGAGGAACAGCUCAACAAGCGUGCCGGGCUUCAGAAGAGCGCCCGACUUCUCCCAGAUAACCCUCGGUCCGAUCCGGCAGAGCUGCAGCCAGCAGCAGCAGCAGCAGAACUUCCAACAAAAUCAGCCCACGGCGCAGCUGGUCGGGAACAACCUGAUUCUCCAGAGGUCCUCUCAGGAUGCUCUCCCUCACGGGUCACUACUACGUCCACACCCACCUGCGAGCCUCCAACCAAACAGCAGCAGCUACAGAAGCUCUGCCCGACCUCAGCCGCACCUGACGAGUGGCAAUCAUGUCAGCUCCUGCCACCAGCAGCAGCAGCAGCAGCACGGCUCCAGAAAUGCCAGCACGGCCCACUGCUCACUGGCUGGCCACAUCUCUGGACUGAAGAUAGAAGCUCAGGACCAGGCCAGCUCUUGCUGUACAGUGCAACAGCAACAGCAACAGCAGCAGCAGCAGCGACCAGCAGGAUUUUGCCCGCCAAGUUUUGGAGACUGUAGCGAGGUGUUUGACCCAUCUGAGGCCAAGCCGUUGUCCCUGCUCAACCCAGGGGAGCGGUGCUUGAUGGAGACUCAAGCAGUUCAGUCAGACGCUCCCUCGGCCCCACUCCUGUCCCCCGGCGUGGACCAGGUCACCAGUACGGUGGACGGCAGCCCCUCUUGCGAGGUCCUGGACAGCGUGGGCCUGGACUUCACUCCCAUCCUAGAGGACAACUACGACCAAGGCAGCCUGGUGUCGGACGUCAUCAGUCCCAGCGUGUUCCAGGGCAUGUCGCGGACCUCCUCUCGUCUCACAACCCCUCAUGCUUCGGCCGCCUUCGCCAGUGUGCCCUCCGGGGUCAACAACAUGGCCAUCGGUGACAUGAGCUCGCUCCUCUCCACCCUCGCCCAAGAGAGCCGCUUCCUGGCUAUCAUGCAGUAGCUCUCUCUCUCUCUCUCUCUCUCUCUCUCUCUCUCUCUCUCUCUCUCUCUCUUUCCCCCCGAAGCUCUCUUAUAUGGCCACACAUGAAAGGAAUUGCUUUAAAAAAGUGGAAAUAGAAAGGGACUUAUAAAAUAAACAUUUUUAAAAAGAAUAAUGUAGGGGGGGGGAGUUGAUGUUUUUUAUUGACUGCUGGUUUAGGAAAGGAUGUUAACACCAAGUGUUGGUCGAGCAGAUGUAUUUUCUGUCUAUUCCACAUAGAAGCAGAGAUAUGCCAAACGUAUAUAAGGAUAUAUAAAUAUAUAUUCCAUUUGUGGAAUGAAGGCUAUUUUUGAAGCCCUUUUAUAAAACUAUCUCUUCAUAAUGAUGAUGGUUGGAGGCCUCGUCUCCCACACAUCAUUCUAAAACAGUAUUCUGUGUGUUGUCUUUAUUUUUCAUUGUUUUUUUUUUCUAUUUGUGUUUCUUUUUUGUUUGUUUACUGUAUAUUUUCCGUUCUUUUUGCUGUACACUGUUGGUAUAAAUGCAUGUUGCUCACAUGGUGAAAUGUACACACUGUCUUUUUAAGUGCGUAGGCUAGCUCAUGUGCCAAUGUAACUUGAGAGAACCAUGAUUUGUAGUAUACACAUGGUGCAACCACACUGACUCCAGAACUUUGGCCCCCCCGACCCCUCCCCACCAUCAGCAGGUCAAUACAGGGUCAAAUUUCACAACAAGCAGGCGCUUAUGUCACAUUUUGAUACGGUAUUUACAUUUUUUACAUUGUUGUUUUAGUACUUUUUAUGUUUGCGCAAUAUGUAAAAGAUGGUGUUUUUUAGUGAUUUAACUUGGUCUCACCAAGUGGUGUGCUUGUGUGUGAGUGUGUAUACUUGAGCAAGUAUUCCAGUAACGUAUUGAGUCCAAAUAUGUAGGACCAUUUCGACGUCAGAGGUACUCUUAGAAUCGUAUUGGUCAAUUGUGUAUUACUUGAUUUAUCACUUUUUUGUAUGUACUUACAUGUAUAUAUCACUUUUGAUCUCUUUUUUUUUACAUUGUAAAAAAAAAUCAUGCUUACUAUUUCUGAUAUCAGGACCAUCGGUGUUGUCAAGUUGUACAUGAUCAGAAAUAUCUUUUAGAGACUUUGCAAGAAUGUGCUCGGUGUUGAGCCACAGGGCAGAGUGUAUCAGGACGACGAACAGGUGAUAUGAUUGCACGUCAGCAGGGGGCGCUGUCACUGCUGAUGUAGCAGGCACAACGUGAUUCCAGCCAGGAGUGGGACUUUGGAACAUGAUGUUGAUUUCUUUUUCACAAUUUCCUUUGUAUUGGUAGUUUAUGAUUUUGCUAUUGUGACUAGCGACAUGAGAGACAGAUUUUUAAGAUUACCCUGGUCCUGUUGCUUAAAUAACUUCUGUUAUGGUACUAACAUCCCACAGAUUUCUUUGUAGGCCCGACAUGACCAGUUUUGUAUACCACGAUGAGAGAUUUAUUAACAGUAUUAUCAUCGGUCUAUAUCUUUGUUGUGUACAGUCAUGAGCACCAUCCUGUAGCAAAUUACUGUAGGUACUGUCUGCCAGAUUGGUUGUGUUCAUUUACAGUAUCGUAGUCUGAGUCAUUUGUUUUGUAGACGUGUAACAGUGUGUCACGCUAUUGUUGUUUUUAAAAAGUGACAUGACCCACCCCCAGAGGAGAGGUUUUGAGGGUGGGUGUAAGGUAUGUGCCUUAUCUCAACCUGUUCAAAUUAGAAAACAUACAAAAAAGAGAAACAGAUCACUGCCACUCUUCCAUAGUGAGUUAUCAUAUCAAAAAUGAUAUACUGUAUGCAUUACCUACGUAUUUUCUUUUUCGCUUUUCAAAACAAGAGUUAAUUGUUCAAAGAUUUUAGGAAAACAGUGGAUUCUCUGAGUGUGUGUGUGCGUGUGUGUGUGUGUGUGUGUGUGCCGGGGGAAUAUGAUGAAUAAGAUCCAUUUUAUUUGGAAAAAAGAAAACAUCAACUAAAAACAUUUAAAAAUGUUGUUUGAAAACUUUCAGUUAUCACAUUUCUUGCCUUUUUGAUUUGAUUGUUUUUUAUACUUGUAAAUAUAUAUCCAUUCUGUAGGUUUAGCUCAGACUUGAGGAGGCACCAGAGGCCAAAAAAGAGGAAAAAUGAAAAGUGACUGAAAAACAAAAAAAUAAAACAAAACAGGGAUUCAGGGCCCAGGUCCUUGUUGAGAAUGGCAAGACAAGAUAGCACAUCCAUAUUGCCAAUAGGGCCCUGUUGCUCUUUUCUAACUGACCACAAAUGUUUGUAUGGUUUUAAUAAAAAAGGAAAUUAUAU